GGCCGCUCUCGCUUCCUUGCAGCCUGAGGCCGAGUGAAGAGGAUCGGGGCAGUGGGGGGAGGAACUGGAAGAAACAGCCCCGCCGCUCUCCCUCUCCCCCACCCUCCGGUCGGCCACGAUACCACAGCCCGGGAGGGUAGGGGGACAGGAAAGGCUCCUCUACCGGCCGGCAGGGCCGCGCUUCGACUCGACUCGACUGAGGUUUGGGCACAGCGAAGGCGGCGGCGGUGGCGGAAGGUUGAACAUUUGUUGCGCUUCAGACCGAAGAGAUCAAAUUCCAUCAGGCAAUAAUCAUGCCGCCUAAGUUUAAGCGACAUUUAAAUGAUGACGACGUGACAGGUUCCAUAAGAAGUGAAAGGCGGAACCUGUUGGAAGAUGAUUCUGAUGAAGAGGAAGAUUUUUUCCUAAGAGGACCUACUGCACCAAAAUUUGGACCGAAGAAUGACAAGAUCCAACAUGUCCAGAAUCAAGUAGAUGAAGUUAUUGAUGUGAUGCAGGAGAACAUCACUCGAGUGAUUGAACGAGGGGAACGACUUGAUGAGCUACAAGACAAAUCUGAAAGUUUAUCCGACAAUGCCACAGUUUUCAGCAACAGAGCAAAGCAGUUACGGCGUCAGAUGUGGUGGCGAGAGUGUAAGAUGAAGGUCAUCAUAUCAGUGGUCGUUGUAAUUGUCUUGUUAGUCAUCAUCAUACCUGUAAUUUUGAAGAAUCGUUCCUGAUGACAAGUCAUGUCCAGCAUCAACGCAGGAAAGUUACUGCCUCAGCCUCUAGAAACUACUGGAGAUAUGUACAAAAAUCUCAGUUAUUGUAAAUAGGAAGUAUGUUUCUGUCUUUCACAGAAGAAAACUAUUUAUGGGCACUCAUUGCAAUGAGUACCCUUCUGGAAUAGGGGACCAAUACAAUAUUUGGCUGCUGUCUACAGGAAGAUAGUCUAUUUCCUUUUUAGGUGUAUUGCAUAAUUGCCAUGAAAUUUUUUUUUGCCCUUCACUAUUACUGGUAGACCAAAUGCACUUUCAACAACUUUUACCCCUAGUUUUCUCUCAUGGAUAAUGGUUCAUAUUUGGAGUAUGGUUCCACAAAUACAGACCCUCUCCCUGAGGCCCUUGCUCAAGUCUUUGUGUGUGAGUCGAAUCAGUGGGUAAAUAUUGUCACCUCACAACAAAGCCAAAUCCUGAGCACAUACGUGGUUCUUCCAGCAGGAUCGCUGGAGAAGGGUCAUGAGUGUGAAUCCUGGUUAGUUUUUUUUUCCCUCCCCAUAGCCCAGUGGGUACUGAGGCCAAUUGUUGUACCCAAUCUUCCAUUCUGGCUAAUCUAAUAUCAUCCUGGAUUGAACCUGAGACCUUCCCUGACUUGGGUGGUUCCGUACUAAACCAGGUGGUACAAUAAUCCACUAAGCCAUUAGAGAAGCAGUUAAAGUAUAUGGUGAACUAAAAGAGGAUUGAGUGGAUUCUACACUGAAACUAGGGUCAGUGGUUUUUCAAACAGUUCCCCAUUUCUGAGCAGAAUCUAUUUGGUCAUAGACUAUAUUAAGAGAUUUUAUGGGCUGGUCUACAAUAAAUUAUAUGCAACCAUUUUCUGACUGUGUCAAACUGUUGUGUUUUACUUUGUGUGCUCUUUUACUCUGGAUAUUAUUUAAACCCUUCUUUAUACUCAAAAAUGUUGCAAUUCAUUUUUUUUUUUAAAAAAAACACAAUGCCUGACAGAUCCGUCAGAUUGUCACUUGCACAGUGUUUGGUGACUAGCUUCACUUGUACCCCAGUUUGGUGGGGCAUGUUUUCUUUUUUGCUUUUGCCAUCAUUGAGCGAAAUUAUCUGUAACAAGCAUUCUCUCUCAGUCCUUGCCACAGAUCAGUGUGACUACAUCUGUUCAGUUAACUCUUUUCAAGAUCGUAAAACCUAGCAUUAUGAAAAUGCACUGACAAUUUGCUGUGCUGCUUUUCAAUUUCUAAUGCUAGAAAAUAGCUGACUCAAUUUUGACAUUGGUGUUGGUGAGCUAAACCAACUGAAUGCACCUAAGGACAGCUCUGCUUUCCCCUGGCUCAGGAGGGCCUAACCGUGACUGAGAAAUCCUCCAGAUAUCGUGCUGCUGGGUGCAGUGCAUUGGGAUGUAAAGUGGAGUAGCACAGCCAAUUACAUGCCCAUUUAGGCUGAAAUGACUUCAACUCUUCAUUAUUUCUUGGCUCAGCAGCCAUUUUUUUUUAAAAGUGUCAGCUUAACAAUUUGAAGUUCAGGAAAAUCUUCCUAAGUUAGGCCUGCACAGGAAAACUAUAUCAGUGUUGCAUCUAUUGCAGCCUGUCGCACACCCUUGUGAGAGAUGCUGAAUUCUUUUUUAAAAGUGUUAGAAAACCAGUCAUUGAUCCGGAGCCUGAAAUUUACAUGAAAUUACAACAGUGUACGAAUUUAUCUCGGCGAAUUAUAAAUAGGUGCAUUACCUUGUUGGCUGUUUACAGAAAUGGCCUUAACGGUGCAGGUAGAAUAGCAAAUAAAUAACAAAAACGUUCCAGACCCUAGACCAGCCAUAUGAUGACUGAUGACAUAAAAUUUGCCGGUAUCAAACUUUUCAUGAUUUCAACAAAUUUUCUUUUUAAAUAACUCAGGCUUAAAUGGAGUUUCCUACAUUUGAUUAUAAUGCCUGUUAGUCAGACUUUUAAAACAGAUGAAUCAGCAGUCCAGAGUAUUCUUUGCUACCUUAAUUUCCAAGUUGAACCAAUUACAGGUUGAGGCAUUGCAGGGCCUUCAAAUGUAGGUCAAAAGAAGUGUGAAAGUUGGAAGAACAGAGGAAGUUUGUAACCAAGAAAAUCAAGUAUUCUGGAAAGUAGCCAAGUAAAAUACAAGAUUGUGAAACAGUAUUGAAUGCUUAUAAAUGUAAUUUGUGAAUGAGAGGUUUGUUUGUGUGCUAAAACAGAAUCCAAAAAGAAUACAGUUCACAGUUUGAGAAAAUGGUUCUGUAUUUUGUUUCAAGGGUACUGUUAACAAUUUUUACCCGUUAGGCAUGUUGAGUAGAAAGUGGUAGUCACUAAUGUCAAGGACCAUUGGAAGGAAAUCAGAACUGCAGUUACUUAAACUUAUUGUCAUUUAAGAUGUGAGAUUGUAGCGUGAUUAUUGUAUACUACAAAAUAACAUAGCGGUGUGUGUUGAGUAUAAAAUGGAAUUCCAUACGUAGGGCAGAAAUUUGCAGCGCCUCCCGCUGGUGAGAUUUUCCAGUCCCGCCAAAGUCAAUGGCCUUUUGAACUUCUCACCGCCUUUCACGGCUCUUUCCCUGUCUCAGCGGGGCCGUAUAAUUCUGUCCAUAAUGAUCGAUCAAGCAAAUAAUUGCUUGAGUUCCCCAGAGCAGUCGUGAAAUCCUCCCUGUCCCCAUUCAUUUUGGAUUAAAGACCAAGCUCGGUGAUGACAAUUGGGAGUUGUGGAAAAGAUGUUUCUUUUAAAAAGAAAUAUGUUCUCCAUUUUAAUUUUGUAAGUUGUAUUUGCUUAGAAGCAUUUUGGUGUUAAUCUGCAAACAUGAUACUUAACGUAAGUGAGGCAAUUGCAUGGCAAUUUCAGACAUAAUGAAGCCAUGCUUCCCACAAAAUGUUAUUUCAAGACUGCACUUUGAUUGCUCCUUGCGAGGCAAGAGCCUCCCGAUUUACAGCAGUGGUUGCUAAUAGCAGUGUUGAUGAAUCUCUUUUUGAACCCAAUUUUAAUCCUUUACUGAUCCACCUCUUGAGAAAUGUGCCUGAUUUUUGUUGAUAGUUUUCAUAGAGAUCCACGAAGGAUACGGCCAGUUCAGCGUUAUACCUUGUGAUAACUGAAUCCUGACUGAACUAAUGGUCAGCACUGAAGAGUGGUCAGUACAACCAGCUUGGACUGAUCACAAGUGCUGAAAAAUUAUAGCGCUCAAUGUAACUGAAUUUAACAGCAUCCAUUUCGACUGAUGAUAGAGUAGGCAUCAAGAAUGAUCAGAUGAUGUCCCUUCAUAUGAAUAGGAGCAUCCAGAUAAGUGAAAAUACUAAAUCUACAAUGUCAUCCUCUUUAGUGUAGAAACGUUUUUAUUUGUCUGGGAUGCACAUUUGAUCCAUGACACCUGUAAAGCAUACUGGCAUACAAAAGAUUCUUUACUUACAAUAUGGUUUAAAGCAGACUUGAGUAAAGAGCAUGCCCUGUACAUUAGUUAUACCUGUGACAAAUGAUAAGCUGAUAACUCUGGCCUCAAAUCAUUAAUGUGUAUAUUUUAAAAUUUGAGAGAGAGACUAGGGGUUAUUGAACUGCUAAAAUAUGCAAAAUAAUAGACUUUUUCUUUAAAAGAAUAUUGCCCUUUUGUAAUUUUACAUUUUCAUUGAGUACGCAUUAAAAAUGCAUUUCUGCUUCAUGCUGUAAAGUUAGCAAAAAUUUAUUGUAUUAAACUUUGUAUAAAGCCUUUAUGGAAUAUUUAAUAAAGAAGGAGAAACAGCA